UUCCCUUUCCCAUUUCUUCUUUAAAACCUUUCAUCUUCUCCAUUUUUCUCUCCCAGCUCAACAAACUCUCUCCCCCAUGGAUUCCUCAAAUCCCACCGCAACAAAACCCUGCUUCCUCCACGACGCCGACGACGACGACUCCGCCGCCGGCAUGGAACCCGAAAUCUCCUCUCACCCUUUCUUCUCCAGAAGCUUCCGUUCUCUCUCCCUCUCCGCCGCUUCUAGAUCUUCCCGUUUCGAAGAUCCUCCCCCUCAUUUCUUAGAUUCCUGUUUCCUUUGCCGGAAACCCCUCGGGAAUAACAUCGAUAUCUUCAUGUACAGAGGAGAUACGCCGUUCUGUAGUGAAGAAUGUAGACAAGAACAAAUAGAAAUUGAUGAAAUGAAAGAGAAGAAAUGGAGAAGAUCAUCAGCUGCUGCUAUGAAAACACUGAGGAAAAAAGAUCAACAAAGAAGAAGAUCUACUUCUCCUAAUAAAUCAUCUCCUCCGUCGGAUUACCCUUUCUGUGCCGGCACCGUCGCCGCCGCUUAGGUUUUACAUAAAAAAAUAAAACUCAUUAAGUACAACAAAAACAUGGAAGAAGAAGAAGAGAUGGGGGUUUCUUGUUUCUGUUUUUGGGUUGUGAUUUUAAGAUCUUGACUGAGAUUAAAUGGGGAUCUGCAAAAGAGGAAGAGAUUGAAAGAUUGAGAGAUCUGAUCUGGUUUUUACUUCCUGUUUUUGGGAUUUUUGGUUUUUGGGGUUUGGAAAUGAGAUCACUCUCUGCAUAUACAUAUGGAGUUAGGGAAGAGGGUGAUUAAUUCUGUAUGUAAACUAUGGGUUUUUAUCUUCUUCUUCUUCUUCUUCUUCUUCUUCUUGAGACUGUUUUUUUUUUUUGCCCUAAUCUAUUGGGCUUUCAUUUUGAGAUAUUAGAUAAAUAAUAUUCAGAUUUUACUGUCUUCUA